AUGGCACAUCUGGGAGAUCGGUCUAUUCUUGAUGAUCCCACACAGUUCCCUGAAUCUUGGUCCUUCACUUCGCAAAGCAGCAAACUCUACCCCACCGCUUGGUGCCCGAAACUCGAUGUUUUCGUUUUAGUCACCCGUAUCGCAGAGAGGAACCAUCUGGUUUUGAGGUCUUUCCGGGAGACUUCCGUGUGGGACCAUGAGUUUGACGCCUCUACUCCACAUCCUGAAAUCUCUUGCGUCCGCUGGAGUCCAGACUCCCUUGCUAUUGUUGUGGCACAUGGAGGGGCCAGGAUCACUUUCCACUCAUUGCAUGAUGGGGCCCUGUUGAAGUCGAUUCCAUUGGCUGUUCCCGAAAAGAACGUUGAGGAAGAGAGACUAGUUUCUAAUUUAUGGUGGGUGGAAACCAAGAUCCCCAAAGCACCCACGGCUUUUAAAGAUGUGUUUAAUCGAACGGAAAUUCCCGGAACAGCUCAUUCAGUGCUGAGACUGUUGCCUCGCAUUGAGCAUGUGCUUCCAGAUUUAAGUGCUUUAAAGGCCGGGGUUGGCUUCCAAAGACCGCCAAUGCAGGCAGCAACGAGAGUUGUUCCUCCCGAAAAGGAUCCCUUGAUGAUACCCUCGUCUUCAUCCGAUCUAUUUGGCGCGUCAAUUGCGAAGGCGAUCAAUGCUGCUGACUUGGCUCUCAAUUUGCUAGGCCACACUGGACGACGGGAAGACUACACAUUUUGGUUUCAAGAAGUGGACCGAAGCCUACUAAUUGUAGGGGAUACAUGGGGCUAUCUGCAUUUCUUCUUAGACGGGUUCUACCCGUUGGGCUAUAUCCACCUUGGUACUCAAUGUUCCCCGGUCUCAGUAUAUGCGCCUCCCCUCCUGCCAUUCAAUGUCGUCACGGAACCUGCGCCAGAUCUGCACCUUUUUGCCAUUGCAACUCUGGAAACCUCCGGUGGUCUGGGGACCCUAACGAACUCUCGGGCCGCCUCGCUUAAACUACCUUUGCUGCAUCAGCAAAUUACGCGGGACGUGGUCAGAGCCUCUACAACUAUCAAGGAAUUACUUGUGUUUGCAGCUUCUGUGCUUCACGAAAUGGAAGAAGCCUGGAUGGGAACUGAGUCUAGAGAGGGCGCACGUGGGUUAGGGGCAAAAUGGCUGAGGCAUUUAGAGAAUAUUCUGGCUGCUCAUGGCGACGCGACGUCUGGGGAUGCUCUCUUGGAUCUCACGGUGCUCUUGCUAACCGGAAAAGGGCCUCCAUCUAUACGCGAGUUCUUUUCCAGUGGAGGGCGGCUGUCCGAGCGUGCUUUAUCUCAUUGGGAGACGACGAUGGGUAGGACGCUUAAGACUCUUCAAGAAUUUGCCGAAAGGAAGCUUGUCCCGACACUCGAAAGACUCGUCGUUGUGCUGGAACAAGUCCAAGGAUGGACUCAAAAAUAUAAGUUGUUCCAUCUCCGCGAAGCUGACAUCGUGCAAGCCGUUAAGCAAGUAUUAAAAGCCAUUGAGUUUUCUGAAUGGCUCUCUAAAGAGGCUGAGAAUGAGCUUCAUCGAUAUUUUGAAUUUGCGAAAUGGUUCAAGAGCGAGAGUAUAAGAGCAAAUGAUGGGAGUGGAAACGAGCUGCGCGCCAUUUCGUUUGACCCCCUUGAAGCCCUGGAAUACCUAGAAAAUGGGCUGACAUCCAGCACACUUGAUCGUUGGUUCACUGGCCCAAUCCCUCCCGUAUCGCCCUCAGACGUCAUUGCUCAACCAUUCGACAGUGUCAAAACCGUGAUCGCGACUGCACGUUCCUUUCUGAACAAGAAGUCCGCUGAUGCCCAAUCCCCGCGUGCAAGCAAGGCAAGCUCGCCUGAGCCUAGCAGCAGAGAGGCGAGCGGUUCGCUCGAUGUAUCUGUGACCGAGAAUGACCUUGAUCAAGCUGAAGCGGAGCGGACAGCAGUUCUUGCUGCAAUGACCGAUAGGAAUUUAGUAUCCUUACUGGAGGAUAUUAUUGAGAAAUGUCAGGGAAUCCUCAUUACCGCGAGCGGUGCCGUCGUGCGAAGUGCCGAGGUCAAUACUGAUCCCCUGCUUGAGGGACGGAAUGCAUCAGAAUCACGGAUCCGAUUCCGAAACACUGGUAAUGAUGGGCGAUCGAUAAUUACGCAUAAGGAGCGUAUCAUUGAAACGGCAGAGGGUGUCGAGCGAUACAUUGCUUUACGACAUAAACAAGAGGAUGGUAUACACGUAGUAUAUUUGCUGAAAACCACGCACCCUAAUUGGGAUCUCGACCAGACUCCAUCAGCGGUGAUCGCUCAUGUUAUGCAGUGCCGCACAAGAGACAUACACUUCGAGCUGCUUGACUAUGAUUUUUUUGACGAUUUCUCGAUGGUGAUGCUCUUACGUGCUCAGGGCGCGGCGUACCUGACUCACUUUGACCAUACCCCAGCCAAAAUCCCAUAUCAACCAAUCGAAGGGAUGCUCCCGGCGACACAUCGGGAGACUUGGGUGCUUCAGCUCUCAGAGGCAGUGCAGAAUGGACAAAUUCCAGCGCAUGAUGUUCCCCGUGGCAGGACUCGAAGGUUAGAGAUGUGUUCGGAAGGAAGUGGGUACCUUGCUGUCAAUGGGGCGCAACGGCGACAGGUCGCUUGCAUACUUGACGAGCGUGGCCAUGGGCAAGUUUUUGAUAUGAUGCUGGAGGACCAAGAAGAGGAAAUUGAAACAUAA